AAGCCGCUGAGCUCAAAAUUAUGAACCUUAGACCUGGCAUCAGUAAACAGUUAAUUUGGGAAGAGAUUGGAGUGUGGAAAUCGUGGCAAAAAGGAGGACUUGAUAUAAAAGACAUAGUUUGGCCAGGCAAUUCCCAUACGCCUCCUCAUGGUGUUCCAGAAAAGUUUUAUCUAAGGAUCACAUUUCUAGAAGAGUCUCCAUAUAUCAAUUUAGCACCACCAGAUCCUGUUAGUGGUAAAUGUCUCAUGGAUCGAGGAGUUUAUUGUCGUGUAGCGAAAAAGUCGGAGCUGAAAGAAAUUGAUAUUCAAUCAGCGCACCGGAACGAAAGUUUCUAUCAAUGUUGCAGUGGAUUUUGUAUUGACUUACUGCAAAAAUUCUCUGAUGAAAUAGGGUUCACUUAUGAAUUAGUCAGAGUCGAAGAUGGAAAGUGGGGGAGUCUUGAAAAUGGAAAAUGGAAUGGCCUAAUUGCUGACAUAGUCAAUCGCAAAACUGAUAUGAUAUUGACAUCAUUAACUAUAAAUGCGGAAAGAGAAGCAGCAGUUGAUUUUACUGAACCAUUUAUGGAAACUGGAAUUGCUAUAGUUGUAUCAAAGAGAACUGGUAUUAUUUCACCAACAGCGUUCUUAGUUUCAGGUCCCGAUUUCAAUUUUAACCCGUGCCGCACAGCGACGUAAGUUUCUCAUUUAAAUAACAUGGGGUUGUAGGCAUCGAACGAUUAAUUUUUUCUUCCGGCCAAAGUAAUGCUUCGAAAAUUUGAAAC